CUUCUUUUUGACAUUUCCUCGAUCACCGAAUGCCGAAAGUACCUAACUCACACAUUCUCGCGGUUUAAAAUUGUGUGCGGACAAAAGCUUCACCGUAAAAUUGUAUACAAUAAUAAUAAAUCAACAAUUUGCGUUCUGUAAUGUGUGUUUGGGGCUGAAAUCAAUUUGUAGCUGUGCUAAGAAUUUUAUCAUCUUCUUUGGACUGCUGUAAAGAUUAACGGUUAUGGCAGACGAGUCGGUACAAAUAAAGCAAGAACCGCUAGAACAAAACUACGCUGCGGAAAUGGACGAUGUUGAUGCUGACGCCACUUGUAGCAGCGGAGUCAAUAUUGAAUGUUCUUUUAGUAUGAGUGGCAAAAGGGCGUGUAGUCAAAAUGAGGUUCUUGAUAUAGUGGAUUUAAAUCCAGACAUAAUCAUUAAAGAGGAACCUGAUUUUUACGAUGAUAAUUAUGCGGAAACGGUUUUGGAAAGUGUAGAAGCGAAGGAUAUUCAUUUUUCGAGUAUAUUAAAGAGCAGUAAAAGCAUGCCGGAAAAUGUACAAAUUAAAGCGGAACCUGAGGAUAAUUUUGAUUAUCCAACUGAAAUCUUCAACUCGUCCGAAAACCUUCCUAAAUACACGAAUGAUGCCUCCGCUGAACAAAAGCAAUUACAUAAUUUAUCUUGUCAUUUUCAAGUGCUAGACGAGCAUGAGAAUAUUAUAACUGUAACAGCAGCGGACCUACCACCGGAUGAUGGUGAACUGGCGUUCAUCGAAAAACUCAAAACUAAUUUGAAGCCCACAGAAGUUAAAAAAUCAAAAAAAAUUGUAAUAUGCAAAUUAUGUAUGAAACGUUGUACACAAGACAUGAAUUAUGCUUAUCACAUGGAACAGCAUAGAAGAAAUCGUUUAUUUUGCAUUCGAAAGACAUGUGAAAGUUGGUUUAGCUCAUUGGAGGAAUGUGAGGCACAUGAAUAUGGAUUGCAUAACAUAACGAUCUUUAAAUGCAAUGUUUGCAACCACAAAUUUCAUAACUUUGAACAGCUGUGUCAACAUAAAGUGAAAAUGCAUAGUAAAUUGCAACGCUUUAUUUGCUCCAUAUGCCGUGAUUGGUUUAUUAGUAUACAAGAAUUGCACGAACAUUGGGCAUCAUUAUUGGAUAGAUGUGGCCGUAUAGUAAACAUACAAGAAGAAACACCAGAACAAAUCAUAAAACUCUUGCAAGAGCGUAAAGCACAGACAGAGUCAAGAAAUUCCUACAAAAUCAAAAGUGCUUCCACUGCUAUUCCAGUCGGUUUGAAGUUAAAAAUCAAACCGCUAUUGGACAAUAGUACGUCACAGGGAAUUACCAACAUUCCUCCUAAUUUAAUUGAAAUUAAAAAAGAACCGAUGGAUUUUGAAACUGUCAUACCUGAUUUUCCAUUAAAACCAAAAACCGAAUCGUUAAAUACGAAUGAAGUACAAUUUCAUAAGUCCUCGACACUCAUGAAUGGAUUACCGAUUGUGCCUGUAAAACUACGUCUUCGAAAAUUUCCACUAAGUCUCACAACAGUUGAAAAUGAAGAGGAUAAUUCCACACCAGCCAUUCUGCAAUAUAAACGAAACUCAUUGGGUCAAGCACUUGCACAGCGCAUUACCGCUAAAUUCUCGCUAAAAAGUGUGCCGAAAAUGUUUAACUUAACAAACAAAGUACGCGAAGAUAACUUAGAAAAUACAAAAGCACCGGAGUUAACGACAGAAUCGUUUAAAAGGAUACCCAAUGGCAUGAGGAAAACUAAAACAAACACCGUGGAAAGUGUUGCUGUUGCAGCACAAAGCGACACAAACAUAAAUGAGAUACCUUCAAAAAUAUUAAAAUUAUCCUCAAACUUUAAGAUCGUAAAAAUGGCAAAAGAACUCCAACCGAAUCUAGUUAAACUUGUCACACCCAAAACCUCACCACAAGCCUUAAAUAACAGCAUUCAUUCCGUAACAGCCGAUACACCAUCAGUAUUGUCCACAAGUGAUCAGCAGCAAGAUAUACCUUUAAAGUCAUCACAUGAUAAUAAUGGUGGUCGCUGCUUUAUAUUAAAGGAAAUUGAGGUUCCACCAUUAGACCAAACGGCGGCAGUGGCCAAACUCGAAUCUAUAACAAAAACAAAUAAAGAGUUAAGUUUGUCGGAAUUAUUAAAUGAAGUGUUAGUGAACAAAAACAAUAACAAAAAUUUGGAAGUAAAGCAAGUGCUUGAAAUAAAUGCAGAGGAUGUAAAAAAGGAGAUAGAAAAGGAAAUGACUGAACAGCAAAACGACGAUUCUAUAUCUACGGCAACCUUUAGUGAUUGUUCGCUAGGUAGCGGUAGCACUUCAACAGCAACAAAUGCCUUACUUCAAAAUGGUGGAGAUCUACCAAAACGCCAAACGCAACUUUCGAGGCGUCGAAAUAAUCGCAGCAAACGUAAAGAACAUCCAGAGGGUUAUAUCUGUCCAAAAUGUAGUCGUCGCUAUUCCACACAGGGUAUGGUGAAAGAACAUCUGCGAAAUGAUUGUGGACGUAAACCACAAAAUGAGUGUGAUAUUUGCCAUAAAUGCUUCUUCUCGACCAGCACACUGAAUUGUCAUCGUACCAUACAUACAGGUGAAUUACCACAUAAGUGCAACUACUGUGAAAAACGAUUUCGUACCCGCGGUCAAGUGACCGUACAUCAUCGUACACAUACCGGCGAGCGUCCGUUCGUGUGUGAGAUCUGUUCGCAAAGUUUUACACAUCGUGAAACGCUUAUUUCACAUUUAUCACGUCAUAUAGGCAUGAAACGUUACAAAUGCUACGGCUGUAACAAGCAAUUCUCUUGUAUAAGUGGUCUAAGUAUGCAUCGCUCUACACGUCCGGAAAGCUGCGGGAAAAUCGAAUUAAAUACACGCGCAAUCGGCCCGCGUGUGCGUGUUAUACGUGGACGCGUAGUAUUCGAGCCACAACCAACUGAGCCUGAGGAUGAUGCUGUUGAUGAGGAUAGCGAUAAUGUACCUAUUGGCGUGCCCUUAAAUGAAGUAUUGACGGAAAUACAAAAUAAAUAACAAAUGUUUUUUUAUAUUGUUAUAAAAUUGUUAUAUUAUAUUAAGUAUAUAUGUAUAUGUAACCAUAUUUGAGCUGGAGAGGGAAUCACUUGAUUGUGUUUAUAUUAAGAAAUUGUAUAUCUAUCACAUUUAUUGUGUAUUGAAGAGUCAUUAGGUGCAUAUAUACUGUUCGACAAUAUAUUAAAACAUUUAAAUUUUCCAUUGCUGAAAUAUUAAACAUUAUGUUCAUACACUGUUUUACGUUAUUGCAAAAUUGUUACACAAAAGCCACCAUAUAUUAGUAUAGGAUGCUUAUGACUGUGUGCGGUUAAAGGGGGGGCAUACAUUCUGUUUACAUUUAAAUAUUAAGUACAUAAUAAAUAUUUUUUAUAAGACAGUAAAAAAUACGUUGUGUGUUUGAUCAAAAUGGAAAUAUACAUUGUAUAGGAAUAAGAAAAACCUUGUUAUUACAAUAGAAGUAGUCGUGAUUAUUGCCCGAUUUCGCCCAAGGUCAUCUGGAAUCAGUAGAUAUCCUGAUGCAAUUAUGUAUGCCGAUAACUACAUUUAUUUAUUUUCUCCACAGCGGUUUGUGGGCAUGGCAUAAUAUCUCUUGUUCGAAAUACCUACCUAUCUAUAGGUAUAACCAAUCAACCAACCAUGUAUUGAGUUUCAUGAUAAAAUGUCUUUAUUUUUAUUCAAGCAUUUCAUUAUGUUUUAUAUCGAUGUUUUAAUUAUUAUUUUUGCAAAUGUUGUUUUUUUUUUAUUUUCAUUUCUAAAUUUAAUGAGGAAAAAUUCUUUGUAAGCAAGAACCUAAUUUAGUUAUCGAAAAAAA